GAGCAACCGAACUUUCUAUUCUAUUUUGACGUGUGGUAAUGUGAACGAAAAACAAGAAAGUGUUAAUCUGCGUUGAUGACUCAACCCAAUAAUAUUUAAACGCAACUUUUUAAUAAACCAGGAAUUGGUUAUUAUCAUGAUUCGUUAAUUAUUUAAUACUCAGUGGUUACAAAAUGGUCGGAAGAAUCGAAUUGCAGGAGUGUCUCAGGGAUUCUCCAAAAUUCAGGAGUUUGUUGGAAGUAGAAGAGGCAAGCGUCGAUCAACUCGAAAAUAAGCUCGAGAAGAUUUUGAAAAUAUGCGGAUCUAUGGUGGAUUCUGGAAAAACAUAUGUUGGACAACAAAGUUUGUUCGCCAACAGCCUUUGGGAUUUGAGUACUCAUUUCAAAGAAGACCCGGUCGUGUUAUCUUCCUUGAACAAACUAAUUCACAAUCUUCAAGAAAUGAACAAAUUUCACACUAUUCUCUUGGAUCAAGCUUCCAGAACAAUUUUAAAGAAUCUCACAUCGUUUAUAAAAAAUGAUAUUAAAGGAGUCAGAGACUACAAACAACAUUUCGAGAAAAUAUCGUCGGAGUAUGACAAUAUUCUCGUGAGGAAUUCUCAUACCCCUCGCAGUAAACCUCAAGAAGUGGAAGAAGUUCAGAACGUGUUGGUGGCGGUGAGGUCGUGUUUUGGACACCAGACUCUAGAUUAUGUCAAUAGCAUCAGUGUACUGCAAUCAAAGAAAAGACACGAGAUAUUAAGCACUUUGUUGUCAUAUAUGCACGCGUGUACAACGUAUUACCACCAAGGUUCUGACCUUUGUGCCGAUUUGGAAUCGUUUUUCAAGACUUUGGCAGAUGAAAUCGCUACGAUGAGAAACGAUACUUAUAAGGUGCAAAAAGAACUCGAAAAUACUCACGCUAUAGUAUCUAACGUAGAACCGAUUAUAUUAAAAAAUGAAAAAAACUGUCCCACUAUGGAAGGCUAUUUGUUUAAGAGAACCUCUAAUGCAUUUAAAACGUGGAAUAGGAGAUGGUUUUAUUUAUACGACAAUAAACUAGUAUAUAGAAAACGAUCUGGAGAAGAACAUGAAACAAUUAUGGAAGACGAUUUGAGAAUAUGUACAGUGAAACCUGUCCUAGAUGGCGAGAGGCGAUUUUGUUUUGAAGUUUUAUCACCUUCAAAAAGCCACAUGCUACAAGCCGAUACCAAAGAAAUGUGCGAUUGUUGGGUGGAUGCCCUUCAAAAGGGUAUCGGCGCUGCAAUUCAGAGGAUCCAAAGUAUAGAUUUCGAUCAGUUGAAAGUGGGAGAUAAUAGCAUCACAUCUUACUCAAACAACAUCACCAGUAAACACCAAAGACAUAACGAUAAUAAUAACAGAACCAAAAAGAGGAUGUGGGAGCAACUGCUGAAAAUUCCCGGCAAUAACUUCUGCUGCGAUUGCAGAAGUCCCAAUCCUCGCUGGGCUAGUAUUAAUUUAGGAAUCACACUAUGUAUCGAAUGUUCUGGAGUCCAUAGAAGCUUAGGAGUUCAUUAUAGUAAAGUAAGAUCGUUAACGUUGGACGAUUGGGAACCAGAGAUUAUUAAAGUCAUGGUAGAAUUAGGUAAUUCAGUGAUAAAUAAAAUAUAUGAAGCUAAUAUGACUGACGACGUCAUUAGGCCGUCAGAUCAAUGCCCUGGUGCUAUUAGAGAGACCUUCAUAAAAGCAAAAUAUGUCGAUAAGAAAUUCGUCAAAUCUCUUCCACAAUUCAACAAAACUUCCCCGUCAUCGAAUCGAACGUCUCGUCCUCCCAGUCUGAUGGACGUCCGAAAAUGGAGCGUCCGCAAAAUUCGUCGAAGGCCUAGGAGUUGCGAUAAAAAAGAUAAAAAGUCGUUGAAGUCGAACGAGGUCACAACGAAAAUAGAAAAAAUCGCAGAAGCCGGAGAAACUAGUAGUAACGGUAGUGGAAAAGACGAGGAUACGAAUAGCGAAUCGUCCAAACGGAAUAGUUUGAGAAAAAGGGGAAGCGUUUUAUUGUUUGGAAAUGAUUUGGACAAACAGCCGAUAGAUGGAGCCAUAGAUUUGAGUAGCGAUCAAGAAUCUACAGGGGGAGAGGAAGAAAAUGAGACUGUUGGUGAAGAAGAUAUCUCGAAACUGCAACCAGAUUUGUUACUUUAUAAAGCUUCCGCCGCUCAUAACUUGCCAGUGAUGUGUGAAGCCCUAGCCUUAGGUGCCGAUAAAUGUUGGAUAAACCCAGAUGACAGGGGUAGAUCCCCUCUUCACGCUGCAGUAUUUAGUGGAUCUGUGAUGCCAUGUGCCUAUUUAAUACUUAACGGGGUGAAAAUCAACGCUCAAGAUCAAGACGGGAAAACACCUUUGCAUAUAGCCACGCAGGAAGGUCACACUGCGCAAGUAUGUUUGUUUUUGAAACAUCGCGCAGAUCAGCAUCUCGAAGACGACGAGGGAAAAGUGCCGCUCUCUAUAGCUGAACAAAAAGAACAUGCAGAUAUCGUGACUUUAUUGAGAUUGGGUCGAUUAAACGAGGAAAUGAAAGACUCCGAAUUAGGCGUAACCGGAGACGACACAUUCAACGACGUCGUCAGAGACUUCUCCAGGUUAGCCUGUUCUCAUCCGGAAAAAUUGCAAAGGUCCAAAAUCGAAGAGGAUGUUCGAGAUGAGUAACGUGGAAGUUGAAUGAUUCGUGUGAUUUUGUAUUCAUGCCAAUUAUUAGUUGUAGAACAUGUGGACCAAAAAAGUGGUACGUCGCGUUGUUCAUAAACGAAACCAGGUGAUAUUCAGAUAAUGUUUGAUCGCAUGUUACGUAAAUACGUAAAUUUUUCAAGUAUUUACAUUUAUUAUGCAUUUAUCUAAAAAGCUUUAAUUUUUAUUGGUGCUAAAACUUACACAUUAGUGUACACAACAGGAGUUGUAAGAAUAUGAUAAUUGUUUAGAACAGCUUUUAAAAUUUUAAUAUGCAGAUUACAGCCAAAUUAACGACAAAGUAUAUUAAAAUCCAAUAAAACUUUUGAUUACAAGUUAUCAUUUAUCUUUACCACCCUUUCAGCGAUCAUCUUCCAAAGAUGUUUUUUUAUCCGCUUAUUUCAGGCUUUGUUACUACUUCUUACCCUUUCAUUCAACAAAAGUAUCAUUGAACAAGUUGUCUACUUCACAAUAAGAUGUUUUUCUGUGACCGUACCCUCUCAUCUAUAGAAUAGUAAUUCGUUAAGAGUCAUUUUAGAAAAGCAAUUUAUCUUACAGAACUUUUCGAAACACAACUACUGUCGGUUUUAGUUUAAUAAUGUAAAUGGUAAACAAAUGUCAAAAUCACAGCAUUCUACAUUUAAAUAUUGAAAUUUAUUAAAAUCUGCGUAUUUUGCACUGUUUUAUGUAUUUAAGACCUUCCAGACUACAUAAAAUCUUAAGUGUAGGGGAUGGAAGUUAACACUUCAACGGCGAAAUUUAUUUUUUGCAAAAAAGGAAAGGAAAAAUCAUAAAUAUUGGUCAAAACACUUUAUUAAACAUAUUGGUACAAGUAUUUUUCUCAAAAUAUAUGUAAUUAAAAAAAAAUAGUCGUUACGUUUUGGUAACGCUAGCCGGUUAGGGUAUACAAAAAAUUUUUGGACAAGAAAAUUAUCACUUUGGGCUGUGAAACAUUAUAUUGCACUCUAGACAUAAUCCUACAUCACAUUUGACACACAUAGUACGAAUACUUGAGCUACAACCUUCUCCAGCACAUCGACGCCUCUUAUUAUUGGGGAUGUUUAUCAAAAAAUGGUCUGUUCUGUCAUAUCUCAAGUUAUCCAAAACCCUAUUAAAAGAUAAACUUGAUUUAGCAGCCGCAGGUCUUCCAGCACCUUUUGAAGCCAUGCCAUAUUUUAUCAGAUAGGCUUGAGCAAUCUCUCGUCUGAAUUCUAGUUGGGUAAGCUGUGUUUGAUGUUUACACUUCUUGGAUAUACACCAAGCAUUGACUAUAGCAGCUUCGAGUAGCCAAGUAAAAAUUGACCACCACCACUUCUUACUACGAAUUGAAAUCCUGUAUCUGGAUAUCUGCUGGUCCAUGAAGUCAGUGCCUCCUAUAAAUCGAUUAUAUUCAGAAAUCAGAUAAGGUUGUGGUACUUGAAUAAUUUUUUUUUCGGCUCGAGAGUAGCGUUUUACUUGAGUGACUGGAUUGACGCCAUGACAUGUAGAUGCUACUGUCACUACAUUAUUAUCCAUCCACUUGACUAAUAUUAUUGCAUUUUGUCGAUGACAGAUAUCGUGUCUCCUCUUUUUUUCGAUUUCGAAAUAAUACUUUUUUUUAGGUAACUCACAACUUGUAGGAAUUCUAUUUUCCCUCAUAGUUCCCGUACCAUCAUACCCUCUUUGUUUCAAGGAAUAUAACAAAUUAAAGCUUGUGAAGAGAUUGUCAAAGUAAAAUGUGAACGGGAGCUUUUUUUAUAUCAUCCGAAAAUUCAUCUAUCGUGCAAAGUAGAGGAGCAGCACAUUUUCCAAAAUUGCUUUCGUAACUGGUGUUUCACUUUGGGUUUUUUCCUUGAUAUAUAUCAAAGUUCACCAAAUAACCAGAAGCAGAGUUUAGGCACCACAUUUUAUACCCAAAUCUGAUGGGCUAACCCCGAAUAAACUGUUUACAUG